CCAGUCCAGCCCGUCCUGCGCGCUACCCCGGGGGCGGGGAAUGAGGGGCCUUCCGGCCGAAAAAGCAGCCACUGGCGACCUCCCCCUGGGGCCCUGGAGCGGCAACGCUGGCCCGGCUAGAGCCGAGGGACACGGCAGGGCUUCGGUGAGCCCAGAAACAGCGGCGACCCCCUGCUAGGGCUCCAGCACCCGGGACGGCACUCUUUACACCCCGCCCUCCCGCCUUGAGGAGCAAACUUCGCUGGCGGAAGCCUCCUCGCUUCCACCGCCGGGCGGGGUUCUGGGGGUGUGGCUUGGAAAGGGCUGGCCCCUCCACUGUGCAAGCCUUUCCAUGGCGGACGCAGGUGAAGACCCCACCGUAUUCACUGCCCACUCUCUGCCCAGUGACCGCCGGCUCUGGGCCAGUGUGACCAAUGCGUACUUGGGCACACGGGUCUACCACGACACACUGCACGUGAGUGGCAUAUACAAUGGGGCUCUGGGGGACACGCACCGGGCCGUUCUGCCCAGUCCCCUCAAUAUCCAGCUGGAGGCCCCCGCGGGACCAGGAGAGCAGCUGACCACAACCUUUGUCCUGGACACUAACACAGGCUCCUUUCUGCACACCCUGGAGGACUCCCGCUUCCGGGCCUCCCAGCGCAUCUACGCCCACCGCACGCUGCCUCACGUGCUGGCCUGCGCUGUGUCUGUCACCUGCCUGGCCCCCAGGAGCCAGCCCAUCACCGUGACGCUGCGGUCUGCCUUCUCCCCAGAAAGCCCGGACUUGGCCCUGCGUCUGGGGCCUGACUGGCAGGGAGCCCGGUACCUGUAUGGCCACACACUCACUCCUGAGCAGCCCGGGGCGCCCCAGCAGGAGGUGCACAUGCUGUGGACACCAGCGCCCCCGACCCUGACCCUGAGGGAAGGCCAGCAGCACAGGACCUGGGAGUUCCUGGCCGUGGUGGGCGGCAGCCAGGCCGAGGCGCAGGCCUGCCUCGCUGAGGCACUGCAGCUGCAGGCCAGCGGUGCCCUGUACACUGCCCAUGCCCAGGCCUGGGCCCAGCUCUGGGACGGCUGCGGCCUGGAUGUGGUGGGGCCCCUGCCCCUGCGCCAGGCCCUGCGAGGUGCCCUCUACUACCUGCUCAGUGCCCUGCCUGAGCCCGGGGCCCCAGGACAUGUCUGCCACGGACUCAGCCCCGGGGGGCUCUCCAAUGGGAGCUGUGAGGAAUGCUACUGGGGCCAUGUGUUCUGGGACCAGGAUCUCUGGAUGUUCCCAAAUGUCCUCAUGUUCCAGCCAGAGGCCGCCAGGGCUCUCCUGCAGUACCGCAUCCAGACACUGGGUGGAGCCCUGGACAAUGCCCGAAACCUGGGCUACCAGGGAGCCAAGUUCGCCUGGGAGAGCGCCGGUUCUGGCCUGGAGGUCUGCCCGGAGGACAUUUACGGGACCCAGGAAGUCCACAUCAACGGGGCCGUGGUGCUGGCCUUCCAGCUGUACCAGCACAGCACCCAGGACCUGCAGCUCUUCCAGGAGGCUGGGGGCUGGGACGUGGUCAGUGCCGUGGCAGAGUUCUGGUGCAGCCGUGUCGAGUGGAGCCCCGCAGAGGAGAAGUACCACCUGAAGGGAGUCAUGCCCCCCGACGAGUACCACUCAGGGGUCACCAACUCCGUGUACACCAACGUCCUGGCCCAGAACAGCCUGCGCUUUGCUGCUGCCCUGGCCCAGGACCUGGGUCAGCCCAUCCCCAGCCGGUGGCUAGAGGUGGCUGAUAAGAUCAAGGUGCCCUUUGACUUGACUCGGAACUUCCAUCCUGAGUUUGAUGGGUAUGAACUUGGAGAGGAGGUGAAGCAGGCAGAUGUCGUGCUCCUGGGGUACCCCAUCCCCUUCCCUAUGAGUCCUCAAGUUCGCAGGAACAACCUGGAGGUUUACGAGGCCGUGACGUCUCCCCGGGGCCCUGCCAUGACCUGGAGCAUGUUUGCUGUGGGCUGGAUGGAGCUGAAGGAGCCCCAGAGGGCAUGGGACCUUCUGCAAAGGAGCUUCGCCAACAUCACGGAGCCCUUCAAGGCCAGCCUGGCCCCGACCGCACCUGCCCCUUCCUCGACGCCCUGGGCGGUGGGGGUGGGAGCCCAGCUCAGGGGUCACUGCCCUGGCAAUUCCCACCUGACCUUCCAGGGAUAGGGACAGUGGCCUCAGGAGACCUGUGUCCUGGGGACCCUGGCCCUGACGACCUUGACCCUGCAGGUGUGGACGGAGAAUGCAGAUGGGUCCGGGGCCGUGAACUUCCUGACGGGCAUGGGGGGCUUCCUGCAGGCGGCACUCUUCGGGUUCACAGGGUUCAGGAUCACCAGGGCUGGUGUGACCUUUGACCCCACGUGUCCAGCGGCGGUCUCUGCUGUGCGCAUCUCUGGCAUCUCUUACCUGGGGAACAAGCUCAACUUCUCCUUCUCCGAGGGCUCGGUGACGGUCGAGGUCAGGACCCGGGCAGGGCCCCCAGCGCCUCUGCUUGAGGUGGAGCUGUGGCCGUCAGGGGACCGGCUGCCUCUGCCCCCAGGACACAAGGUCUCCUUCCCCUGCUCUGCCGGCCGGAUACAAAGCUCGGUCUCGUAGGACGCAGCAGCAGCAAGCGCUGCUCCUAGAAAACCCUGGGAGAGAUUGUUGCAGACAUUGGAGCCGCCCCUCUGGGACCCCUGGGCCCUCUGGACCCACAGAGUCCCUCACGGGGCCCUGAGCUCCUGCCCCUGAGCUGGCAGUGCUGUGGGUUUUAGGGACAACCUGGGGUGCCCCCCUCUGGCACUCCCCUGUGCGGGGUUCCCGGUGGGCUGCACCCAUGCUUCAUGGACGCGGUCCCAGCCCACUGUCCGACACCCACCCACCCUCCCUGCACCUGGCAGCCAGGUUCCUGGGCUCCAGGCAAGGUCUGGGUUCUGUGGCCCGAAGUGCGAGACUCUCCACUGAAAGCCCCAUGGACCGGGGCUUCCCCGUGGCCUCCUACACCAGCAGGUCUACGCCUGCCCCUUGGGGCUGACACCUGCACCUGCGUGACCCCCAGGAGGGGGGGCAUGGGCACCUGCGGCAGAGGCAGGGGCAGGGGCAAGCCCGCAGCUUCGCCAGAGAAAUUUCUGUGUCUCGGACGCACUGAGGGCUGUCAUGCCUGGGUGCCCUUGGCUGUCGUGGGGGCUCAGCGUCUUCAGCCCUUGACUCUGGGCCGCCUCAGUCAGGUGGGACAGCCCCCGUCACAUGCCCUUCCUCAGCCGAGUGGGGUGCGGAACAAGACCCCGUAUCUUCUCUUCCACCGGCCAGAGGGCUGAGCCCAGUGCACGUGGGGUCAGAGCCGUGGCCCUGGGCCUACCCUUCUUGGGAAGGCUUGCACAAGUGCUGCCCAAUUAAAGUCAGGGCUGGAACUGGCUCUGUCUGCCGUGAGGAGG